AUGACACGAUUCAGGCCCUGCAUCGACCUGCACGCAGGCCAGGUCAAGCAGAUUGUGGGCGGCACCCUCGACAGCACGACGACGGCGCUGCAGACCAACUUUGUGUCGCCGCACCCGCCGGCGCACUUUGCCGCGCUGUACCGGGACCACGACCUCACGGGCGCUCAUGUCAUCAUGCUGGGGCCGGGGAACGACGUUGCCGCCAAGGAGUCGCUGAAGGCGUGGCCGGGCGCUUUGCAGGUCGGUGGUGGCAUCAACGACAAGAACGCAAGGGAAUGGAUUGACGCCGGCGCGGACAAGGUUAUCAUCACGUCGUUUCUCUUUCCCGAGGGCAAGUACAGCCAGGAGAGGCUCGAUGCCGUGCUCCAGGCGCUCGGCGGCGACAAGCAGCGGCUCGUCAUCGACCUCAGCUGCCGCCGGCGCGGCGACGACCGGUGGUUCGUGGCCAUGAACAAGUGGCAGACCAUUACGGACAUGGAGGUCAACGCCGACAGCAUCCGGCAGCUGGAGCCCUACUGCUCCGAGUUUCUGAUCCACGCCGCCGACAACGAGGGCCUGCAGAAGGGCGUCGACGAGGCGCUCGUGCAGAGGCUGGCCGAGUGGGCCAGCAUCCCCGUGACGUACGCCGGCGGCGGCCGCCACCUCGAGGAUCUGGACGCCGUCAAGAGGCUCAGCGGCGGCAAGGUCGAUCUGACCAUCGGCAGCGCGCUCGAUUGUUUCGGGGGCAACGGCGUGAAGCUCGAGGAGUGCGUGCUGUGGAACCGACAACAGCCCGACUCUGGCGCUUGA